AUGGCGCCCAUUCGUCUGGGUGUGGUCGGUCUGUCUGCUCAGGGAUCAUGGGCCUCCCGCUCGCACUUGAAGCACCUUCAGCAAAGCGCGGACUACACAAUCACUGCGCUGCAGAACAGCAGCAAGCAAGCGGCGCAGGCGGCGGUGGAGAAAUACAAUCUCCCCGCCGACACGACGGCAUGCUACGACGACAUCGAGUCGCUGGUGCACGACGCGAACGUCGACAUGGUGAUCGUGUCGGUCAAAGUGCCGGAGCACUACGCGCUGAUCAAGCCGGCGCUGGAGGCCCGCAAGGACAUCUUCGUCGAGUGGCCGCUGGCCGCGAACCUGCAGCAAGCCGAGGAGCUGACGGCGCUGGCGACCGCCCACAAGGUCAGGACCAUGGUUGGCCUGCAGGCGCGGCAGAACCCGAGCAUCCGGCGCGCCAGGGAGAUGGUGAGCGCGGGCAAACUGGGCGAGAUUCUGGGCACCACCAUGCUCGGGUCGGGGAUGAUCUUUGGCCCGACGACCACCCCGGGCAUGCUGUACACUUUGCCCCUGAAGCACGGGGCCAACCUGAUCACCAUCCCCGCGGGACACGCCAUGGACGCCCUGUGUUGGGUGCUGGGCGAGUUGGCCGAUGUGCAGGCCACGCUGGCCAACAAUCGGCCGGAAUUGCUGUUGGUGGAUGGGUCAACUUCCGAGUCCAAGCCAAAACCAGUGCCAAAGACGGCCCACGACUAUAUGGCUCUCACCGGCCAUCUGGUGAAAGGGGGAGGCGUCGCCACGGUUGUCUAUCAGGGCGGAACCUCCGUCACGGGCAAGGACUUUUACUGGGAGAUCAAUGGCACCAAGGGCAGUCUGGUGCUCGAGGCGGACAAGGGCCACGUCCAGAUGUUCCAUCCCACCUUGAAGUUUGUCAAGGCUGAGCCUGGCGCGAAACUGGACGAGGUCCUGGUCGACAGAGCCGACGACUUGUCCUAUAAUGUUGGUUUGGCCUGGGAUGCUUUCGUCGACAAGGGCCCCGGCAGUGUCACCACGUUUGAGGAUGCUCUGCUCAGACAUAAGAUGAUUGAUGCGAUAUAUAGGAGCAACGAGAAGGGAACGAGAGAGACAUAUAUUUGA